UUAGCGAGCAUUAUUCAUAUGUUAAGCUAGUUUGUGUUUGUUAGGGUUUAAGUAACCUUCUUCAGCCUAUGCCCCUAUGUUUAUCCUAUUCCAGAGCACCCAUCUUGCUGUUAUCAUCCAGUCUCAUUCCUAACAAAAAAAUCUAAAAUAACAAACAGAACAAGUAGCGCUUAUGAGCUUUGUUUUCGAUUGGAUGAAAAUAGGGGUACUUUGCUGGGUUUCGUUCCCCCAUAAGAAAAAAAUAAACUUCACCAUAGACGGUUCAAUAUGUUUUUUGGAUUCUUCCUCUAUCACCAAUCACUUUCUUGCAUUGAAAAACAGAAAACAAACCAUUAUCAUCACCCUCACGUGAGAAAAUAUGUUUACUAUGAGAAAAAGCCAUCUCAAUCAUUCUGUAACUGGAAACUGAUAAUUCUUCGGAUCGGAAGUGAUUGGGUGCAACGCAACGAGCGGAUGAAACAUUAUGCUGUUAGUCUGGUUUAAUCCGUUUUCCCGCAUAGUAGUGAAGAUUUAACAUUUCCCGCCAGUUUAAAUUGCAAUCAAUCAUGUGGAGAAGUGCAAUCUGGUUCGUUGCCAUUUUUGGGUGUGAUAUAUGUGUUUCAUUUUAUGGAUUUCCGUUGAUAACGGAUCCCAAAAUGAUAUGGGAUAUACUUGGGAAUAAUUCUGCUGCAUUUCGACAGGAGCAGAGCCAAGAGCACGAAAUGAGAGUGUAUCCUGGGGAGGAGUGUGAUAGGAAGUGCAGUGUUGAUGAACCUCCUAGAAUCUGCCAUUACCAGUGGGUGCUGGAAAACUACUCCGCCAUGGGAUCUGCAUGUUGGGACUGCAUUCGGGGAAAUCGUUCUCACUGUUUCCAUCCACAGUGCGUUACCGCCAACGGGAUGGAACGGGGUAUUGUGUCCAUCAAUCGAAAGAUGCCCGGACCGUCGAUAUUUGUCUGCCAAGGGGACACGAUUGUGGUUGACGUAUCGAACGAAAUGGAAGGCAUGUCGGCCACAAUUCAUUGGCACGGCUUUCGUCAGACACGUUCACCAUGGAUGGAUGGAGUACCGAUGGUGACACAGUGCCCGAUAGAAGCCGAUACCACCUUCCGCUACCGGUUCGAAGCGGAAGAGGCCGGUACGCACUGGUACCACUCGCACUCGGGAUACCACAUGGCAAAUGGACACCUUGGAGCGGCCGUAGUGAGAACUCCGCUGGACGUCAAUGCGGCAUUGUAUGACUUUGAUCUGUCGGAACACGUGAUGCUGAUAUCGGAUUGGACGCUGGAUUCGGUCGAACGAUGGGUUCCCGGACAGCAGAGCUCUCAAAUGACGGUUGACUCGAUUCUGAUCAAUGGACGGGGGUGGUACGUCAAGGAAGAAGCGGGUAUCAAAGCGAACCAUGCGCCAUUGACGGUGUUCCGCGUGCAGCGUAAUUAUCGUUAUCGAUUUCGACUAAUUAGCGGCGGCAGUCAAUAUUGUCCUUUUCAGUUGCAGAUUGAAAACCAUCGGAUGCUAGUCAUUUCCACGGAUGGCGGUGCGGUGAAACCACUUUCGGUCGAUACACUGAUAUCCAUAUCCGGCGAGAGGUACGAUUUUGUGAUUGAUGCCGAUCAACCAGAAGGCACCUACUGGAUACGGGUUCGUGGUGUUGGAUUUUGCAACCUGUUUCCAAAGGAAGGAUUUGCACUGCUUUCCUAUGCUGACCCUUCCGUUGCAACUGAAGAGCUGAUGUUUCCAAACCAUGCUCCACCCGAGUACAACAAUCCGUACCCGAUGGGUCAAACGCUGAACGACCAUAGGGCCAUGUGCUACAAUUCGGAAGAUGAGAUGACUUGUGCCGCAGAUUUGGAGACCCACGAAGCUCACCGGGAUGAUGAGUUGGUAGCUGCUGUUCCUGACGUUCGGCUGUUCCUUGGAUUCAAAAUGAUGCAUCCGGAUAAUGAGUGGUUAUUUUCCGGCAGAUAUAAACCGUUCAUUACCGUACGCGAGGACUUCAACACUAUCGCAGUUGCUAACAACAUUAGUUUCAUCUAUCCCAGUUUCCCUCUGCUGUCACAACCGGAUCUUAUUAUCAACGAAGACGAACUUUUCUGCAAUAACACUCAUCUUCCUGCCGGAUGUGAUAAACUGCAUUUAUGCUUUUGUACGCAUCGGAUAAAAGUAAACUUGAAUGACGUCGUUGAGCUGACUUUGUAUGACACAGCUUACAAACCACAAGACUUCUACCAUCCUUUCCACAUUCACGGAUAUCGAUUAAUCAUAACGGAUAUGGGAAGACUACCGGAGAGUGCCAUCAACUCGCGUCUGAAGUAUCUGCAAGAGCGUAACGUCACUCGUAGGCCCGACAGCCAUAAUCCACCCUUCAAAGAUACGGUGUCGAUACCGAACGAGGGCUUCGUCAUAACCCGCUUCAGGGCCAAUAAUCCAGGUUUUUGGUUCGUGCACUGCCACCUCGAAUGGCAUCUUGGAAGUGGAAUGGGACUAGUGCUGCAGGUCGGUGAAGUUGAUCAAAUGUUGAAAGCACCUGCCGAAUUUCCCCGCUGCGCCGACUUCAAACCAAGUCUACACGGGAAGCACUGAUUUGUUCAUACAUGGAAACAAUACCAAAAC